AUGUUCACACUAAAGUUUGGAACUACUCUUCUCUACAGUAUUCCAUCAAUGAUUUUGUACGCUAUGACGGUUCGAAUGGUGUCUCGUUUUUCCAAGGAUUUUUCAAGAACAUUCAUUCAGCUUUACAUUGUAUUCUUCGUUUUUAACAUCAUAACAUUUUUUAACUCUUUCAUAACAGUUCGAAUCCCACAAAAUACGUGUAAAGACUGCUUCAUGUCAUUUUUAUUCAAAUCCCACACAGUGCUCAACCCAUCCUGGUUUCCAUUAAAUGUCUUCUAUUUCAUUCAUUUUUACAUGGCAUAUGCUCAAUUUUUCCUCAUUUUUCUAACCUCAUUAAACCGAUUUUCAAUGAUUUUUUGGAGUGCUACAUAUGAAAAGGCAUGGAAUCGUGCGUUCCCGUUCGUAAUAAUUUUGGUCAUCGUUUUGCCAGUUCCGUUUACAUAUACAAUUCUACCAAGUUGGACUUAUUAUGCUUACACCGAAACUAUGGACUGUUACAGUACAUCUAGUAGUGUGGACCGAGGGUUUCUCUAUAAUCAGCUUCUACCAUUUAUGGCAACAAUCACUAUUGCAACGGCAAUUAUUAACAUCGCUUCAUUCUACAAACUGACAUGUAUGACUUAUAAGAUUUCAAUCGCUGAGAGGAAUCUUCUUUUCAUGAGUGGAUCAUUGUUUAUUGUUCAACUCCUGGCAGAUGUGAACACUACACUGAAUCGACUUGUGGUAAAUGACAAUAACAAAUUCGGUAUCUGGUCUCAGAUUGCAGUGACUCUUCUUCCUUAUAUCAGUGAUGGGUUGACAUUGAUUCAUCCAUGGAUGUUUCUUGCUUUCAGCACAAAGGCUCGCCGUUGUUUCAUGCUAAUGUAUUUUCCAAAAUAUGCGAAGGUUGCCGUUACAGCAACCAAUUCUGUCCGCUUUGUAACAGUUAAUAAGCGAAGUCAAGUACAGGACGCUGUUCGAUUUUAA